CAGUGUUAACGGAAAAAUUAGACAAAGUGGAAAGUGAGUUCUAUCAAUUAAAAAAGACGAUGGAAGAAUCAGAGACGAACUCAGUGCCGCCCUUUGUUGUAGGUAUCAAGGAAAUGACCACACUCCAUGGAUACAAAGACAAAAAAGCUUCUUCGGUCCGUACUUCAAUCGUCCCUGAUACAUCCCCGUGGUCAACUAAGGAAGCCUUUCUCUCUACUGUGCGCCCACCAACUACAAAAUUUGAACAGAGUACAGGAUACAAAGACAAGAAAACUACUUCGGUCCGUACUUCAACCGUCCCAGCUACAUCCCCGUGGGCAACUAAGAAAGCCUUUUUCUCUACUGUGCUCCCACAAACUACAAACGUCGAACAGAGUACAGAAUGCGGAGUUGUCUAUAAUUCGAGUUGUAUUCGAGCUAUCGUUUAUGACGUGAGGAACGUCACAUUAAGCGUCGCUAAAUCUCUUUGCGAAAACAAACUGGCUAACAUUUAUGACGUCACACACUACAACCUGGUUCGAGAAUAUUUACGACCAUUGAUUCCUGGUACCUACAUUUGGGCUCGUACUGGAAUGAAAUACAAGAAAGGUCAGCUUUAUUCAACCACCGGCCACGCCAUGUCUCUGCCAACUGAGGUUUGGCUUCCUAAUUAUCCGUCUUCCAUUGCAACAUCCACAACUGUUGUUGUUCGUGUCGAUCGAAUCUUGGACAAGGACUAUCCGCAAGCAGUUUUUAUGAAUGUUCCUUCUGCAUAUAGAUUUGACGCAGCCAUCUGUGAAAAUGAAUUAUAACUCUGUCCAUUGAAUGAUUGAUAAACAAACACUGUAGAAAAAAUGGACAGUGGGAGAGGAUGUUAUUCACCCUAUAGUAGAACAAUUAAAACUUUGAGUUCCUGUUUCCACAGUUAAACAAACAUAUGUUCUUGUAUUCCCGGAUAUAAAUAACCUUUAUUUAGUCUAAAGACGGGUGUAGAAUAACUAUCAAUAAAGUGUUAGGGACGGUUAAUUUACCGAUACUUUUAUUUCUUGAGUUUUUAUUUUCAAAAUAUCCCAGGACUCGAACCGAGAUAAAUUGGUCAUACUAGGCCUGAGAUACAUAGAUCACAAUGAGCCUGUUAAAAGGUUGUUCGCAUGACAUUCGGAAAAAAAAUUGAAAUUAUAUUGAAAAGUGACGAGCCGAGGAGUCGGUUUUCAUGUUUUCUUCUUUACUCCACUCAAUCGAUUCCACUGAAUUCAAACCUGGGCCCCAUAUGUUGAACCAAAGCGAUUUAAUGCUCAAUUAUUCAAAUUGUCUGUCUGUCAGGGUUUUCUUGUGUAGGAAUUCUAAUAAAACAGUAUUCAUUGUUAGAUUUCCACGAAACAAAUUAUCUUUUAUUUCUUAGAUGUGAUCAAGAAAUGUUUGAAUUUAUUAUUAUAACCUAAUCUUUCUCUGAGUGGAUGUAAAUAAUCUUGAAAUAUUGGCGAUUCGGUUUUUUCAAAUAUAUAUUUCAUGUUCAAGAAAUAUCAGUAAAUUUCAAAAUUGUUUGAUACUUCAUACAUUCACAAUCGAAUCGACUUCACAAUUGUUUCGAUAAUGAAACCUGUGGUAAACUUUUUUUAAUGGAGAGUUACGAACGCUCAGUAAAAUUAAUGCUUUUAGAAUUUAUAAAGAAGUUUUUGACUUAUUUUAAAACCAUCGAAAAUCUAGAAUUUCCACAAAUUCAAACUCCUGUUCUUGUGGAG